AUGUCUCCCGACACCAAGCUCUACAAGCAUCGCUGCGUCUAUGCCUCGUGUCCCGAGAGGUGGUCAAGGUUCCCGACCAACGAGGAAGAGCACGAUCACAUAGAGCAGCGUGCCUUGGAAGAUCCGAUUGUUCAUCGACACAUCUUCGACGACCAUAAAUGGCAGACCGAAUCGUUUACCAUCCAGAGCUCCCCCAUGCGGGCAGCCAUCUCGACCGUCCUCGACAAAUAUCAGGAUCUUGACCUCGACGUUGAGAAAUGGACUUUCAAGCCCCCAUUCAUGCCUCUCGUCCACCGCUGGGAUCGUCUGCUCUCUUUGUGCGAGGCCACGGAUGAGGAGCACGAAACAGAGGCUGUAGCCCAACUCCUGGAAUUUCUCACCCCGAUCUUAGCCCCCAAAGUCGAUGCGCUCGUGAAGAUUCGCAAGACUGGAAAUGUCAUGUUCGACGACCUGUGGCAGAUCUUUCCUCCACAUGAGUUUGUCAUCACCAAGUUCUACGGUGUCGAAGCUGUAUGCCGUGUCACCAAAUACAAACUCGUGAAGCAACCUCCAAUGCCACCAUACUGGGAGAUUCAUAUGGAGUAUCUUGACUGGAAUGGCAAUCGUUGCGGCUACGCCAACACCGCGAUUAUCAUCCCGGAAUUCGCUGCCUAUCGACGCGUUACUUCACUACCCGCGUACCCCUUGUCCUUUCAUAACUCGCCCUCCAGGAUUCACGAGCAGAUGAUCGAACGAGGCCGAAAGUUUGAAGCGUUACGUGGUUACCACUUCCAAACCUGUUCUGGAUCAAAGAUCCUAUUGCCUCUGGAAAGUCAGAGGAGCGACCGGUAA